CACCACCACAGCGUCGCAUCCACCAUGGCCGCGCCCGUCUCGCCCACCACACAGGCGCCAGAUGUCGUGCGCGAUUUCGCACACGAGGAGGCGGCGCCCGUUGCGCCCUCCUCCUCCAAGGGCACCUCCACAGACGUCUCCUCCUCCUCAACGCCCCUCUCGCCCUCGCCCUCGCACUCGCGCUCCGCCCUGCUGCCUUCGUUCCUGCACAAGCCGGCGCCGCCCACGCCGCACUGGUCCUCGCUCGAGGAUCUCAACGACCCCGAUCCCUCGCGCGCCUUUGCCGCCGACCGCAAGGCGCGCCGCAGGUCGCACCCCAACGCCGCCCUCGCCGCCGUGCACGCCCUGCCCACCGUCAUCUUCCCCCUGCAGGGCGCCGGCGCCGGCUCCGAGUUUGCACAGCAGGCGCCCCUCUGGUCGCGCUACCCUUACAAGGCGCUCUACUAUGCCUACUUUGGCCUCACCGUCGGCCUCCUCUUUCUCCCCUACUUUGCCCUCGCCUCGCUGCUGCCCGCCAUGCGCGGGCGCCGCCGCUGGAGCUGGAAGAAGGCCACGCUGAUCCGCCUCUACCGCCACUCGACACGCCUCACGUACCGCUCCCACACGUCCUUCACGCGCGACCUCAGCCAGGAGGUGCCGCACUCGCAGACGUUCAACUCCAAGUUCACCUGGGUGCCCGCGCUGCCCGCCGCGCUGCUGCGCGGCGAGAUCCGGCGCGCCAUGGCGGCGCAGGGCGUGAGCAACGAGCGCACCUGCGGCUUCUGGUUCGGCGCGCGCGACGACGGCGGCGCCGUGGGCCAGCCGGCGGCAAAGGGCGAAAGGGUCGUGCUGCAUCUGCACGGCGGCGCCUACUGGAUCGGCUCGGCUCACGAGAAGGACGUCUCGGCGGCCGUGUCGCUGCAGCUGCUGCACAAGCUCGAGGCGCGCCGCCGCCGCCGCGCCGGGCGCGACGCCGAUGCCGCCACACCCGGCGUCGAGCUCGACGCCUCGCCGCUGGGCUCCACGCUGCCCGUCGUCGGGCCCGGCUACUGCCGCCGCUCCUUCUCCCUCGACUAUCGCGUCUGCAUUCCCGGCCAUCCGGAGCGCGGCAGCUUUCCCGCCGCCCUCAUGGAUGCCGUGGCGGGCUAUCAUUACCUGGUCAAGGGCUGCGGCUUCGAGGAGGACAAUGUCGUCGUCGUGGGAGACUCGGCGGGCGGCAACUUGGCACUGGCGCUGUGCAGAUACUUGAGGGAUGAAGAUGUGGGCUUGAAAGUGCCUGGCAGCAUGCUCCUCCUCUCGCCGUGGGCCGACACUUCGCGUUCGCACUCUGGGCCUCUCAAUGCGCUCAACCACUUUUCGUCGGUGUACCAGAACCGCGCCGUCGACAUUAUCCCUCCCGGCUCGGGCUUCCGCAACACGGCCGUGUCUGCUCUGCUCGGUGUGCUGCCGGCGAGCGAGACGUACCGCAAUCCGUACCUCAGCUCCUGCUCGCUGCACCUCGACGUCGAGGCGCCCAGCUGGGGCUACGAGGGCUUUCCGAGGCGCAUCUACAUUACCACGGGCGACGGCGAAGUGUCGUACGACCAGCACCUGACGCUGGCGCAUCGCCUUGCGGCGGGCACGCGGCGCACGCGGCCCAUCUACGUCGGCGACCGCCUCUCUGCCGACGCCGACGCGCAGGCGCUGGCGGCAAGAGCCAACUAUCCGCGGCCGCGCCGCAGCUCCAUCCCCGGACCCGUGCUGCCGCGCCAUGCGCCCAAGCACGAGCAGGUCAGAGCUCCGCCGGGCGCACAGCAAGUGGAGGGCGAGGCGGUGACGGACGGCAAGCGAGAGGAGGGCGCAGGUGGAGAGGAGCGAGAAGUGUGGCUGGACGAGUGCCGGGACGCGGUGCAUGACUAUUUGCUCUUUGGAUGGUGGGGACGGGAGCGAGACGUCGGCUGGGAGCGCAUCUCGGCGUGGAUCGAGGCGGACGAGUAGCCGGGCCUGUGCAGCGAUACCCCCCUGACGCCCCAUGUUGCCCCGGGCAUGCCAUACGU